UGUGCCCCUGUACAUCAUAACUAAAUCAACAGCGUCUAUACCACCCAGAAUGUCCAUCGAGUGGUUGAAAUCAAGCCACAUGGUCUCCUACUGCAUGACUGUAAAAGGAGUGGAGGUGGAGGUUGUGUUACCCCGCAGUAUGGGCAGUAUGCGGUGUCAUCUUUUCAAUGUUGUGUCUGCCUCGAGGUCUGACUUUAUCUUUUUCAAAAUCCAAAAUUACUUCUCGUCUACAAUCAAGAUACAGCAGUUAUGUCCGACAAUUCAUCAACACUUUAUGCGAAGGCUGUGGUGGAAGCUCAAAAGAUAGUUCAUUAUGUACUCGACAAGGCUCCAGGGGCAUAUGAAAGUGGGAGAGAGGCUGCCGUAACAGCUGCUGCUAAGAUUCAACCUACACUCAACUCUGCUAUAGAGAAAACACCAAUCCUCAUAGAACGGUCCAAAGAAGCGGCACAGCAGUUGUAUCAAGAUGCUCCCAAACAUCUGGGCACUGCGAAGGUUGCAGCACAGAAGUAUUAUCACGAUGCUCCCAGACACCUGGACACUGCGAAGCAAGCUGGCUCGAGAGCUCUUGAAAAUCCUAGCCAGUCUGUAAGACAGUUGUUGGAGAAUGUGGGGCCUGUCGUCCGUCAGCACCCAUAUAUCAGCGGUUUUGUAGUAUGGGUAGCACUAGCUGCGAAAUUUGGACCCUUUUGGCCUGUUCGUGCUCUGUUGAAAAUACUCGGAUUUGGUAAAGGCGUUACACCAGGCAAGUAAACUUUGACCCAUUUCGUUUCGGGUCAAGUAUUGACAGAUUGUAGGAUCGACUGCAGCAUCGUGGCAGUCCCGACAAGGAAACGUACAACGCAAGUCGUGGUUUUCUCUAUUCCAAUCGUAUGGGAAUAGAUUGAAUUAAACUAGGUUUGUCAAUGUUGAGAGACAAAUAUAUGUGAGACCGGAGCGGAGAGUCGAUUACAAAAUGAAAUGAGAAGAUAUAUCUGUGUUUUUCCUAUCCUGCGUAGCCAUUAAUUUUCAUCUGUUUGGGGACGCAUGGAUACGUCCCGUUUGUUUCUCCCAGUCUGCACUACUUUUUAGCGAACAUAUUUUUUAUCACAC